AUGCCCCUAGAAAAAAUAAUUGAGAGCGAAAUUUCUUCUGAUAUCGUUAAGAAGGAGUCUCCAACUGCAAAAGAUCAUUUCCUUGACAAUGGGAAUGAUGAAAUAAUAACAUCAGUGGAGGAUUUAGAUAAUGAUUUAUUGACACCCAAUUAUCUUUUAAACUCAAUGCCCCUAGAAAAAAUAAUUGAGAGCAAAAUUUCUUCUGAUAUCGUUAAGAAGGAGUCUCCAACUGCAAAAGAUCAUUUCCUUGACAAUGGGAAUGAUGAAAUAACAACAUCAGUGGAGAAUUUAGAUAAUGAUUUAUUAAAAGUAUAUGUGUCUGAUAAGUGUUCAGAAAGAGAGGAUAAAAAUGUUUCAUUAAACUCAAAACUACAAUGUCACGAUUGUGGUUCCUUUUUUAAAAGUAAGUGUAAAUUAAGAGUUCAUUGGAAAAAGACUCAUUUGCUCAGCUCCUUGAUUUGUCCAAGUUGCAAAAGGGCUUUUAAAAGCUAUAAAGCAUAUCACACUCAUAUUAAAACAAAGAGAAAAAGCUGUACAGUAGCUGCUAGUGGAAUGAUAAACAUAAUAGGUGUUGGUAAAGCUAGAGUGUUUCAUUGUAAGGAGUGUGCUUACAAAACAAAAAGAGUGAAGGAUAUACAAACACAUCUAGUGAUACAUAGUGGGGAUAGACCAUUUCAGUGUGAGAUGUGUUCAAACACCUUCACACAGCUUAGUUCACUCCAAACUCACAAGGAGAGUGCGCACAAGGAAUAUAAAAUGGAGAUCACUUGUCACUUUUGUGGUAAAUUUGUAAAAGGCAGAGUAAAAGUGUACAGGCAUCUCAGAAGUCACACUGAUGCCAAAAUUCCGUGUUCCAUUUGUUUUAAAAUGCUUAAUAAGAAAAGCUACAGACCACACAUGCAGCGACACAGUGGUGUUAAAUCAUACACUUGUGAAAAAUGUGCCUCAACAUUCUUCACUAGCGCUGAGCUUUGUAACCAUAGGCGUAAAGUUCAUAAAAGGCAAGAAUAUAUCUUUAAGUGUGAUUUGUGUGAAUACAAAUCUAAUAGAUCUGACACAGUGAAAAGACAUAAAAGAAAACACACUGGCACAAAUUUUCCUUGCACAAUUUGUGGUAUGUUCUUUUUUUGUGUACAGAAGCUUAAUCAACAUGAAAGAAUUCAUUUUGAAGAAAAGAAGUAUUCAUGCCCCCAUUGUGAUGUUAAAUUUCAUGGGAGGGAUUCUGUACGUAAACAUAUUAGAAUGAAACAUAAAUAUCUUAUUUCGGCUAAUUCGAAGACUGCAUCUGUUAGAGUUAAGGAUGAAACAGCAAUUGUGAACCCUCCAAAUACUGAUUUAAUUAAAACUGAAUCUUCACCAAUUUAA